AUUCUCGCUCAUUUCACAGUUGUAUUACUGGAUCCCUAUAUAUCUCUAUCAGCUAUCUCAUUUUCCGGUUACCGUUCAGGUUUCCGACCAUAUCCUUUCUUCUUUUCCGGCAACCAAUUUCGGUUAAUAUCUGUAUGGUGUUGUGUUUGUUUGACUCUUAGGUUUGUUUUGAUUUCAAUUCGGUAAUUCGAUUUUGUUUUGAACAUUAAAAUUUGCUUCUUCUGAAAGGUCAGUGUGGGGAUUUUUGGUUCGUAUAGUGGUGUGUUAGAAGGUGAUUAUCUUUUGAUUAAGUUCUCUUUUUGCUUCUUUUGAGGGGGUAGCCGGGGCUCCGGCCUCGGCGGGUUCUAAAGCCCCCAGUUAUUACAACAUUGGUGAAAAUUCUGUUGUAUAAAAAAAUCCUUUAAUUUUCUCUCUAUUCUUUGAUUCUUUUGUUUUUAUACUUUCGUAAAAGAAAACAAAUAGAUUAGGGAAGAGAUGCCUGCCUUAGGUUGUUGUGUAGACGCUGCUGUUUCUCCUCCUCCCGGCUAUUCCUUCCUUUGGGAUAGUUCUCUUCCCGCGCCGGAGAUUUUUCCCUCCGGCGUACCUCCGUCGACAAACACCGCCGUUGCCACCACCACCACCACCCAUUGGUCUCCGGCGCACUCAUCCGCUCUUUAUUCUAUUGACGGAUGGGGCGCUCCGUAUUUCACCGUUAAUUCCUCCGGUGAUAUCUCCGUUAAGCCACAUGGUACGGAUACUCUGCCUCACCAGGAAAUCGAUCUCCUUAAGGUCGUGAAAAAGGCCUCCGACCCGAAAAAUUUGGGCGGACUCGGGUUGCAGUUUCCGCUCGUUGUUCGGUUCCCUGAUAUUCUGAAAAACCGGUUGGAGUCUCUUCAAUCCGUUUUUGAUUAUGCGGUUCAGUCACAAGGUUAUGAAGCUCACUACCAAGGUGUUUAUCCUGUGAAAUGCAACCAGGACAGGUUCGUUGUUGAAGAUAUUGUCAAAUUCGGAUCGGGUUUCCGGUUCGGUCUCGAAGCUGGGUCUAAACCUGAGCUCCUCCUAGCUAUGAGCUGUCUCUGCAAAGGCAGUCAUGAGGGUCUUCUUGUGUGCAACGGGUUCAAGGAUGCUGAGUACAUUUCGCUUGCUUUGGUUGCAAGGAAGCUCAUGUUGAAUACAGUAAUUGUCCUUGAACAAGAGGAGGAGCUUGAUUUGGUGAUUGACAUCAGCAAGAAAAUGGCGGUCCGGCCUGUGAUCGGGCUUCGGGCUAAGCUCAGGACCAAACAUUCGGGUCAUUUCGGAUCCACUUCUGGAGAGAAAGGUAAAUUUGGGCUCACGACAACACAGAUUGUUCGUGUGGUGAAGAAGCUAGAAGAAUCCGGAAUGCUGGAUUGUCUUCAGUUGCUGCAUUUUCAUAUCGGAUCUCAAAUCCCUUCGACGGCUUUGCUUGCUGAUGGCGUUGGUGAGGCUGCCCAGAUUUACUGUGAAUUAGUCCGCCUCGGUGCUGGCAUGAAAUACAUUGAUUGUGGUGGUGGCCUUGGAAUUGACUAUGAUGGUACAAAAUCAUGUGAUUCCGAUUGUUCUGUUGGAUAUGGCCUUCAGGAAUAUGCAUCUACGGUUGUUCAAGCUGUUCGAUUUGUUUGUGACCGGAAGAACGUGAAACAUCCGGUGAUCUGUAGCGAGAGUGGGAGAGCAAUUGUAUCUCAUCACUCUGUUCUGAUAUUUGAGGCUGUGUCUUCAACUACAACACGCUCACAAGAGUUAUCUUCUGUUGAUCUCCAGUCAUUUGUGGAGAAGCUCAAUGAUGAUGCUCGUGCUGAUUAUCGGAAUUUAUCUGCUGCUGCUAUUCGUGGAGAGUACGAUACGUGUGUACUUUAUGCUGAUCAGUUGAAACAGAGAUGUGUGGAGCAGUUCAAAGAUGGUGAUUUGGACAUUGAACAACUUGCUGCAGUAGAUGGCAUUUGUGAUUUCGUGUCGAAGGCUAUUGGGGCUUCUGAUCCUGUCCGCACAUACCAUGUGAAUCUUUCGAUCUUCACUUCAGUUCCUGAUUUUUGGGCAAUUGACCAACUAUUCCCAAUUGUUCCCAUCCAUAAGCUAGAUGAACGGCCUGUAGUUCGAGGAAUUUUAUCGGACUUGACCUGUGAUAGUGAUGGGAAGAUUGAUAAGUUCAUUGGAGGAGAGUCAAGCUUGCCGCUCCAUGAAUUAGGAAGUAAUGGUGGUGGUGGUGGUGAUGGUGGAAAAUAUUAUCUAGGAAUGUUUUUGGGUGGGGCUUAUGAGGAGGCGCUUGGGGGACUCCAUAACCUAUUUGGCGGACCCAGCGUUUUGCGUGUGUCACAGAGCGAUAGCCCACACAGCUUCGCCGUGACAUGUGCUGUUCCUGGUCCGUCCUGUGCUGACGUUCUCCGGGCGAUGCAGCACGAGCCUGAACUCAUGUUCGAGACGCUCAAGCACCGCGCUGAAGAAUUCGUGCACAAUGACGACGAACAAGAAGAAGAUAAAGGGCUUGCAUUUGCAUCUUUGGCCAGCAGCUUAGCUCAGUCAUUCAACAAUAUGCCUUACCUUGUUACUAAUUCAUCUUGCUGCCUUACUGCUGCUGCCAAUAACGGUGGCUAUUACUAUUGCAAUGAUGAGAACAUUGUUGGAGUUGGCGCAGAAUCUGCUGCAGCUGAAGAAGAGCUUUGGCCUUACUGUGUUGCUUGAAGUAUCUUGGAACAUUUCCAGUUUCCACCAUUGUUGUUCCUUUUUUGUUUCAAUAAAGUGGCAAUUUAGUUUGUCGUUGAGGUCGUCUGUUUCGUUAAUUAUGUCAUAGUUUAAGUCAUUUUUUGGUUUAAUUUUCUGUUGUUGGACGCCAGAAAUUGUGGAGAAACCAAGGACUAUGUAAUCUCCCCCGUCUUAUUAAAUGCAUUUACUUUUGUUACAA